GGCAGCACACGUAUACAGCAAACACGGUGGCCGGAUUCAAGAGAGUCGUAUACUCACUCCGCAGUUCUCACUCGACCACGAUCAACGAUAGAUUGUAUCGUUUCUCUCGCUUACGAUCGAUUUGUAUCGCGCCUUCCGGUUCAAAAAUCCAAGUGAACGAGAAUAAAUAAAUGCAUUACCAGAAGCCAGACGUUAUGUUGAGGGUCCAAAGUUUUAAAUAGAAAUUAAAUAAACUGUGAGGAAGUCUAUAAACCGAAUUUGUGGAAAACACUCAAUUUUUGCUGUUGUUCGGAGUUUAUUUUCGGUUGACUAUUCGUCGAGUGAAUCAGUUGGAUUUUUUGGAUUUUCCCGGCGAUGUCGUCGAAGCCGCAUCACAGCUCCACCGAGGUCAUCGCAUCGAAUUAAAAAAAAAUCGGUUGAAACGAAACCCGCCAAAAUGCUGAAGAUGCCGCCAAUCCUCUUCGCCCUGGGGCUCCUGCUCCUCCUGACGACACCAGCGCCAACAUCAGGCCUCUGCACCCUGCAGCACAACGACACACUUGCCCAGUGCCGCUACCUCGAUGACAUCAAGUUCAUCAAUACCGAUCAGCUCAAAAGUCUGAAGGUUACCUCCGUCGGUAAACACCUCUCUGCGUCAAUCUUCGGGAACAUCACAACCCUGCAACACCUGGAUCUUUCCCAUGGAAAGCUCCGUCGGAUCGAGCCGGGAACUUUCUCAAAACUUCGAAACCUGCUCAGCCUGGACCUCUCACACAAUCGUUUAACCCACCUGGGGCGCGGAACCUUCGAGGGUCCGACCCACCUGGGUGUCCUGAACCUUCGCAGUAACUCCUUACUUCGAAUUCCAGUGGACACGGUUGACCUAAAAGACCUAAAGUUGCUAGAAAUUUCUUCCAACAAACUGAAUUGCGACUGUAAAACCCUGAAAAUCCGAGAUGCUUUGAUCUUUCAAAGGGUGAUCAUCUCGAAGAAGGCGGUCUGCGCAGGCCCAGGAACGCUGAAGGGAGUCUUCCUAUCUGAACCUGAGACGGAGGUCAUCUGCAAGUUCGAACAUCAGGAUCAAGAUGCAGGGAUGCAAAACGACCAGCCUGAAACCCCUCCAGAAGGAUCCGGAGAGUCCGGCUCAGGUGACGCCUUCGAUCACCUCGAGGACAGCGACAUCCCCGAGGAAAGUGACACCUCUUUUCUCCCGGAACCUGUGACACCUCAGGAGCCCGAAGAGACCACUCCAAACGCCAUAGAAGCUGCCCUGACAGUAGCUCCUUCCACAUCAUCUGCGAAGGAUGAAGGACUCUUCUUCACAGAAGAGGAGAAGCAUCCCUCGACCAUUCCUUCACCCACAGCACCAACAACAACCGCGGCAAAUGAUUCAGACCCCUGGAAAAGUCCAAAUGUUCUCUCUGAAGGAUCAGGAGACGAUGAAGAUGACGGUUCAGGUCUUGGUUCUCCAGGUCUUCUGAUCCCACCGAUAACUUGGGACAACAUCACACCUGAAGUUCCGGAAGAGGAAACUCCUGAGUCCAUCAAAAACGUCACCCCAAACCCGACGACAACGACGACACCUCCCGGGCUUUUUAACGGUUUCUUCGGGCUGUUCUCCUGGGGGGCAUCAGAAUCAACGACAGCAGCUCCAUCCACCCCGUCAACGGAGGAUUCGCGGCCAGAGGAGGAAGGGUUCAUGGUAGUUCCAGGCGGAAGUAAACCAGAGAUCGAAGAGCCCAUUCUCCCGAACUCAUUGAAUCCGGUAGAAGGAGAGAAGAAACCUAAUGAAGCGAUGAACGAAAAGGUUCAGCAGGAGUCGAAGCCUGUAGAAUCUCCAGAGGAGCCCUCGGUGGUGAUUGGAGGAACUCAGACCGCAGGAGCUUCAGCAACGACUGAAACCAAGAAGGGAAUGGGCUCCUACGUUGUUCUGGGAGUUCUUCUGGGAGUUCUAGCAGCUCUGAUCGGUGUUGCGGCGUACAAAGGUGACUUCUGUAGGAAAGCCAGGAAGAGGAAUUCCAGAGGACAUGAUGGCAAUGACGUGGAGAAUGGCACUGAGUUGAAGGACCUCAGGAUGUCGUUGCUAGAAGCUACAAACUCAGUUCAACCGAAAAUCUCUUCGAAUGGAAGUAAACCUGAGGCAAUGCCGCUAGUCACGAGUGCAAUUCCUGAAGAAAUAAGAUCCGACGAAGAACCAACUGCCAAAUUCGUUGGUUCCGUUCCUGAAUCCUCUGCAGAUCCAGUCAAACCGCCGAGGAAAUCAUUUUCUCCCGCUGAAGCUGAAAAAUUAGGAACUAAUGGAAAGGUCCCGAGUACUGAAGACGUAGGAGAUGGUCCGAUAACUCCGGUUCAUGGCGAUCAUCUUGUGAAUGGGAAGAAUGAUAGGGACUCGAUGUGUUCGGUCGGGGAAUCCCCUUCCUUAGGAUCUGUUUCCAAUCAUCGACUCAGUAACCCGUCGCCUUCGAGUCCUGCCGCUCAGAGGGUCAAGAUCACUAUGCAGGAUAAUCCUGAUAGUGUACCCAAGACACCGUUACUCAUCACUAGGACUAGAGCUGGUGAAAACCUAGUCAAGACGCCCUGAGGAGGUGUGAAGAGGCUAUGAGUUUUGUGAUCAAUUGAAAGACAUUUUUUCAAGUUUUUUUUUGAUGAGCUGAGGGUUUAGGGGAGUCAGGGAAAGAGGUGACAGAACGAAGUCAUUAAUUCUUUAAAGAUUUCUCGAUGAAUUCAUCGAGCGGACGAAUUGGUUCACUAUUUUUGGAACUGGAAGCAAAUUCUUAGGACGCUCCAGCUCACGGAGGACAGUUUUAGGUUAGAUAGUAUUUCUAGUGGUUUAUUUGAUUAUUGAAGUUGUUAGAUUUCUUGACUUUUUUACAAUGACGUCGUGUUUAAGGAGUUCGACAAGUUUUUGGAGUUGGGAGAUUAGUCUGUGGGUGAAUUCCGUUGAAAAGGGAGGGGAAUUCGAAGUGAUAAUAAGGCAGCUAGUUGGGGAAAAACAUUGAGAGGAAGGGUUCGAUGCGUGAGUCGAAACGACGCCUCGGGUUCAGAAAAAAACUCUUUCAGAUUUGCUAUCAGGAACUGUGCGGAUCUAAGUCAACAGGAUUACAGAAAUAUUCGAAAUAUUCGAUUGUCAAUAAUGCAUGAUUGCUGAACUGAUUAGCUAUCUUUGGGUAUGGGUGACGUGCGCAUGAAUAUUUUGCAUUGUUUGAAUACAUCAUCGCUUGCUGCGGUGUGUAAUCAACAGAUAUAAUCAAGAGAUUUAAUCAUGUAUCGUCUCAUGGAACCUUUACCCCGCUUUCGCGGACGCACAAAACCUGUAGGAUCAACGUCAAAGUGAUAUUAUAUCAGCCACAUUGCAUUUUUUGACAUGAUGCGUUCAACUAUAUUUGUUAAUAGUUAACAAAUGCAUAUUUGAAUGCGCUCGCCUUGUUCAAUUCGACUUUCACCUUUCAAGUGCACCAUUCGGUAACUAUUAACGAAUAUUCAGUUGGUCAUAAUCAACUCUAGCAUUCGUUAAUAGUUAACAAAUCUCGUUUGGAAUCAUCGAAUCUUAGAAAAAAAAACUGAUUUCAUAACUUUGAUUCCGGAAAAAUUCCAAGAAAGGUCUUCCGUAUACUUUCAUGCCCUUUCGAAUAAUGGAUUUCAUAAAAUUGUCAGCCAUAUUUUUUUUUAUCAGAAAAAUAAAAUUUGCAGGGGGUUUUCACCCCCAAAAUUUCAACAACUAUCACUUGCAAUUUCCAUCAUUUUUCACAAGUGGGUUAUUACCGUAAUGAACACGUGCAAGAACAGCAUUCUUAUAUGUGGAAUUGAAGAAUCAAGGAUAGUUUCCUUCCUUGGAACCGCGUAUUAUCCAAAAAAACGUGUCCUUUAGUUUUGAGUCCUCUACAACAUACAUAAGUUUCAUCAAAAUCGGAGGGGAAUACCUACACUUUCUCAAGGGGUGACAGAACGCUGAACAGUUUUCAAAUUUUUGAACAAAUUCCUUGCCGAAAGUUGUCGAUAUUUCUACAAAUUGAAGCACAUCAAUAUCCAGGAGGUGACGAUGAAGAUCAAUGUGCGUUGGGUUCGAAAAAUAUUAUUAACUUUGAGCAGGAAAUUUGUUUAAAAAUUUCGAGGAA